AUGUGGUUCCUCUUCCAUUUCUUUUAUCACUACUAUGACUAUGUCCGACGCCGGAAGGUGGGCCGCUUAACGUCGCAGGACCAAACCUACUGGCAGUUCUUGUGCGAGGAGGGCCGCUACAUACGAAGCGCCACAGAAGACCUGCGAUGGAAGAAGGGGGCACCAUUGCCUCCCUUGCCGAAACUGCGAAGAGAGGCGGGGCCGGUGGUGCUGGUGAUGACGAGAGAGGAGGAAGAGCCAACGAAAGACGAUGCGUCGGAGCAGGAGGAGAGCAAGAGGCAGGAGGAGGGCCGUACCCAGAUAUCCUGGGUGAACAUCGUGGCCAAUUGGUGCUGCGGAUGGGCGGUGCCACAGAAGCGAGACUGA